UUCCGACGACAAUAAUCUUCAAAAACAUUUUUUAAAUUAUAACGUUGAUUUAUUAAAUUUUCAAAAGAAAAAAAGUCAAUUAGGUGUCAGUAUGCACAUUUUAACGAAAACCUUAUGGAUUGUCAUCUUCAUCAUUUUAAUUUCAGAAACUACAAUGUUUGUGAAACAUACAUCAUACAGUAAAGAAGAUGAAAAUGAAGAAAAAAACAUUUUGAAUAUUACAUUGAUAUAUGAUAUAAACACAGUGAAAAAAGUAAAAUUUGAUCUUAAUGAAUUAUUUCUACAAGAGACAAUUGUUCCUCUCACAUUUUUUUUCUUUAUGUUUACUUUAAUAUUAUUAUUAAUUAUGAUUGUGAUUUGGUUCUGGUGCCCAAAUUUGCUACGUGAUAAUUUAUAUGUGCCUGAUAUGUCUCACCUUUUUCGUCGUUCUCAAUCUCAUCAACCUCGUGUCCGACAACUAACCCAUUACCGGGCUGUAUAUACAAGAAGAAAUGAAUCGAUUGAGGGCAACGAAAAUACAGAAGAAAAUUGUUAAUUUACUAUCUUUCUAUUAAUGUUACUUUAUAAUGCAUUAUUUCACUUAUUGAUAAUACUUUUAAAAUGCAUUAAAAAUUAUAUUUAAUUUGAUUCGGACUUAAUAAGUCUUCAAAAGUUUAUGGUGUAAAAGAAGGAGAAAUAAAACUAUCGACAUAAAUUCACAACAUCGAUUAC